CAUUUUUGCUCUAUUGAAAAAGUUUAGUCCAACCAAGUUAGCGCGUACUAGCGACACUUGGAAGUUCUCCUUACGGGAGACGAACGAAAUCUCCUUGCGGGUCGCGCACGCGAAAUCAGGAUACUCAUUACAGGAAGGCCGCUCCUCCACAUUCUCCGACUAGGACUAGCUGUUGCAAUCUACUUAGGUUAUAGAUCAUGAAUUCAGCCUCUUGCCUCCACGAAGCCGCCGAAAGAGAGGUAGAAGAACUUACCACACAAAUUACCGCACUAGAGGUGAAGAGGGAGGAGCUAACAAAUAACUUCCGUCGUGUCAAUCAUACGAUCCGCUCACUUCAAAGUCGGGUUGCUCAAAUCAAGAAUGAUGCGGUGCCAAUCUCUCGCUUACCAUCAGAUGUCCUCGAGAUCAUUUUUGACGAGAGCCGUCGUGUGCUUUUCCGGUGGACGGGCUUCCGCAGACCUCUCCCCAUCGAAGUGCAACUAUCGCACGUAUGUCGAAGAUGGCGUCAAGUGGCUUUGAACACACCCUCUCUAUGGAACACUCUACGGAUCCCGAUCCUUCACAGGGAAAGCGCUAUCAGAACCUAUUUACAUCGCUGCAACCAGUGCCCUCUCAGCGUCCAUUUGGGACCCCAACUAUCAGAUCGUCGGAUGAUGGACGUCAUCACUUCCGAGUUAAUGCCGCGCAUCGGCCAGUUCCGCGAGUUAAUCUUGGACACCGAGGACCGUCAAGAACUUCACGUGUUGCUUUCUCACCUCGUAAACACGGCCGCUCCUUCUCUUCAGAGGCUAAAGAUAACCAGUAAUGACCCUGUGCGUGGUCAGGGAUCUUAUCCCCCCAUAGAAAUAUUCAAACGAGGCGCUCCACUGCUUUCGGAUGUACGCCUCAGUGCCCUUCCCAUCACCUUACCUCAGGCUGCGGUUUCUACACUCCACUUUGACCCGCUUCCUGGACCUGGAAUACCCCUUCCUCGGAGUCAUUUACUCAGCAUAAUCACCCCUGUCGCUUCAUCACUCACCGUGCUCUAUUUGAAAGGAUUCGUGAGUGGCUUCCAUGAAGAGCCUGGAAGCGCCCCCGUUGUACUCCCUGCUCUUCGGGAAUUGGUCGUCCACGAUCAUGCUAUGAUUCACGGGUUCAAUGUCUUCCGCAAUAUCUCUGCUCCCUCAUUGCGAUUCUUCACGCUAUAUGCUCUCAAGCGGCAGGCGUUGUCCUCGAUACAUAAGUUCAUGACCCGUACUUCACCGGAUCAGUUCCAUGGUCUAUGCUCCCUGCACUACAUAGAUUGCGACAUGGACGACGAUCUCGACAUAUACCUUCCCCAUGCGACUUCUACUCUCACACAUCUCUCUGUCUCGCUUGGCAGUCACACACAUCUCAUGCGACUCCUUUCAAACAGUGACAAACAGGCUGCAUUGCACAGGACCGCACCAUUAUGGCCCCGUUUACGUACUCUGACAUUUCAUGUCGCUUCGCCCUGGUCGCAGGAUAGGGAUGAUGUUGAGUCGGACGAGGAGGAUGAACUGCCACCCGAUAUUGUGUUGCUGCUUGACGUCAUUCAACUGCGGAAGGCGGUUGGAGCGGAACUGGAGCUUUUGCGAUUGGAGGGUCCUCACGCUAGAGCAUUCCACGAUGACCUUGCCCUCGCGUUGAUGAAAUCGCAGCUCCAAGUGAAUAUGGAAGUUCUUCCGGGCCUGUCCCCGGGUAAUGAUUCACAACUAUUAAGUAGCGGCGACUGGGCUUACUCGGGCCUUUUUUAUGGAUCAGAAUAUCGAGCCCACUUAUAUCGGAAGAUGCAGUCCGGACCUCAUGGACAACAUCAUUUUCAUUGGGGGUCAGUUCCGCGAGGUCCCGGAUCCCCACUCUCACCAUAGCCGGCAGUUUUUUUCUGGUUCAUUUGCUAUCGCGCUUUGUUCUCGUCUUGUACAGUAAUUAUGUUGUCGACGUCAUUCUGUGGUAUAAUGGAGGGACACAGCCACCGUCUGUAUUGGAUUACACUAGAUUCGCGCUAUUCGGCGGGAGCAGA